AUUGACCACUGAAUCUAGAGUUUCUGAUUUUCGAAAGUCUGUGCCUACACCCGAUAUUUUUUGCUAUUCUAUAUUAUACGAGUAGAUUACAUUAACAUCUGUCACCUAAUUCCAAAAUCACUGGAAUUAAUAGAACUAUGAUCUCAAGUAAUGCCCUAUAAUCAAUUACUUCGAGUGAAUUUGAAAAGGUGACAGACAGAUAUCGAUAAAAGUAUGGGAAAUCACUUUUCUCAUUCAAACAAUAAAAGACGUUAUAAAAUAGAAACAGAAAUAGAUUUAGAUGAAGAUAACCCUUGUACUAUAGAGGAUUUGAAAAAAAACGGAAAAACCAGUGGCGAAUUUCUAAGCUGGGGGAAUGGAGAAAGAGGUGCACUUGGUUUUGGAAAUUUAAAAGAUAGCUUUUAUCCCAGAGUAGUCAAGGGAAUUACCAUUAAAAGGGUAAAAUACAUUCAUGCUGCAAAGUACCAUUCUGUAUUUACUACUUUCGAUGGCCGAGUGUUUAGUCACGGAUGGAACAACUAUGGCCAAUGUGGAAUUGGAAAAAGUGGAAUGAUAGUUUCAACGCCUACUGAGAUUGUAGCCUUAAAAGGAAAAGGGGUUAUAUAUGUGGCUAGCGGCGUAUUUCACUCUCACUUCUAUACUGUAAAUCACGUAUUGUAUAGCAGUGGAAAUAAUGCCUUUGGACAAAUUGGAAACAAUACUUUAAAGAUCUGCUAUCGUACUCCGAAAAAAACAAUAUUGCCAUUUUCUACUAAAGUGGAAAGAAUUAAGCUGCUAGAAUGUGGGUAUUUUCAUAGUAUCUUAGUAACUACUAACCAAAAUGUAUAUGCAUGGGGAAGAAAUAGUCACUCGCAAUUGGGUCUUGCAAAAAAAGAUUAUGUAUAUGCACCGCGCCUGGUAAAAGAACUUUCACAGUUGAAUAUCGUUCAAUUGGCCUGUGGAUCCGAUCACACGGUGUUUUUGAAUUCACUGGGCGAAGUGUAUCAAAUCGGUUCUAACGUGGAAAGACAAUUUGGAUCAUUUUGUUCAAACAAUUACUCUAAGGUGCCCAUUCAAAUUAGAAUACAGAACCAGAUGAUCGUUCGUAUAGUCUCUAGCAAUAAUUAUACAUGUGCGCUAUCACAGCAAGGAAGACUUUGGUAUUGGGGCACACCAUAUUUAUCAAGUGGAGGUACCUCCUAUGACAAUAACGAAUUGCCAGAAUCGCCUAAAAUUAUAUGGAAGAGUAAUUAUGAGGAGAAUAAUCACGAGGAAGUCCGUAUGAUUAAAUGUGGAGCAUAUCAUAUGCAUUUAUUGACGCGGAACGGUAAAUUAUAUACGCUAGAAUUUUAUAAACAAGGUGCACCUAACCCAUAUAAUCUUAAUGCAAGUUUAUUUGAAUCAAUUCCACAUAAUACGACAAGGGGGCAAAUAGAUCAAACAGAAAAGAAAAGUACAUGGUUUUCAAUUAACGUCGGUAAGAUGGUUCAAGCUAUAACAGCAGGAAGUUUUCACUCUCAUAUUUUGCUUUAUUGCAUAGAAUUUCAUAUCAACUUUGCAAAGCUGUAUUUUAAUCCAGAAGAUUAUUACGCAGACUAUUACAUUGAGACCGAUUCUAAAAUACGCUACCCUGUGCAUCGCUUUUUUUUCAAGGUAAGGUGUCCAUCACUGCUCAGCGAAGACAAACAAAAUAUAAUCAGAAAUGCAAAUCCGAGACUCAUCUCCAUCUUAUUUAUGAAUAUAUAUGGCGGAGACUAUAUAUUAGAUGACUGUAGCUCAGAAGAGCUAAAAGAAUUCCAAAAUUUGUUAUCAAGCAUAUCAUUGUCUAAUUCAGAGUUUCAAAUUUCGCUGGCAAUCCAGAAAAAUUUGCGAAAAAACGAUAUAAUGUAUACAACAAUAGACAAGAACAUGCUUGAUUAUUACUACAAUCAGUUCUCAGCUCAAUUGAAGCAGAUGUACGAAGAAAAAUAUGAAACAGACUUUUACUUGGUUUCGCAGGAUGGAGUCCGGUUGCCGGUCCAUCGCGCAAUUAUGGCUGCCAGAUGUCCUUUUUACGAUUCGUUAUUUAAGUCAGGCAUGAUAGAGAGUAUUACAGGAGAACAUCAUAUAGACGCAAGUGGUUUAGUCGUCGAUCAUUUUGCAAAAUUUUGCUAUUAUGAAUUUUUAGAUUUUACGCCGGAGUCAGCCAAGUGGUUAUUGGAAAAUCACGAAAUGAUGUUUGUAGAUUCUCAUCAAAAAAAAUUACACAAUCAGUGUUUACAAGUACUUGAAAAUUCGAACAAGCAAAACCGAAGCGUAUUUAGGGACUGUAUAAGGAAUGCAGACAUAGGCGUAGAAGACUUGCAAACUCAACAAAGCAAUAUAAGGCAGCAGUUAAUUAUAUCGUAAAAAAUUACAUUUGUUAUAGACAGACGGUAAAUUGGUUAAUUUUUUGUAAAGCAUAGAGAUAUGUGAAAAUAUGCUCUAAAAUAUCGGUCGCAAAGAUUAUUUUGAUUAGAUUUAUUUCCUUCGAUGGUCAUUCUCAAUGGUUUUAAAACAGAUUUCAGAUGAAAAAUCAAAUUGACCGCACUCAACCAUGCAUAGAAAUAAUACUUUUUAGUCAGCCAAAUAUUGCUUUGAAAUUAAGGGAAGUAUAAAAUUCGCUUCUUCUGUAAAAUUGUAUAGAUUCAGAACUAAAAUAAAAAAUUUUUAAAGUCAAUUGACUUAAGA